AUCAGACCGGGCCAAGCAAUUAGCUAAGUUUACUGAAGCGCUUAAGCUCGAUAAAACCAACGGCCGGCCGAGUUGGUUUUUCGACAGAAUCGCCUUGCUUUUGCUAGAGUAACCAGCCUCACCCCCAUCAAGCGAAAUGGCCCAAGAGGACGAGCGUAAACGGCUGCUGUUCGUGUUCGAUGUCUACAGCGAUGAUGGCAGUACCAUAGAUGGGGCAGAUGUCAUUAAUGCCCUCAGGGCUUUCAAUCUCAACCCUACCAUGCAGCUGGUGAACAGCUUAGGCGGCAGCGACAACAGAGGAGAGGUGAAGUACUCGUUCGACGAUUUCUGGAAGAUCUACUUGGGUGUGCGAGACGACAAGAACUCAGGAGGUUUCUCUGAUUUCGUGGAAUGUCUGAAGAUAUACGAUAUUGCUGAGAACGGGACUAUGAAACUCGUAGACCUUACUUCCAUGCUGGUGACACUCGGUGAAAAAAUCACCGAUGCACAGAUGAACGAGGUGUUAUCCGACUGCCAGCUGGAGGAAGAAGAUGACGAUGGUUGGUUUCCGUACCUACCGUUUCUGUGCCGUCUCUGUGAUAGACCUGUGCCAGCUUCCUGGAAACCCUAAAUUGAAGCUGCCUGAAAGAACCACUGAAAAAACUAAAUUGGUGUGAAAACAAAACAUUUUCUUAAACUGGAAUAGAUCCGGUUCUUCAAUUAAUUAAAUUGUGUUAAUAAAAACUAUUUCAAUGUGCUUAAA